AUGACGCCCAAAAAUGCGGAGGAUUUUGACGAAUUUCAACAAUCCGAAUUGGAAGAUUUGUACAGUUGGAUUGACAGUAUUCCGCUUUCUCGUCCGAAACGAAAUAUUAAUCGAGAUUUUUCGGAUGGAGUGUUGGUAGCAGAAGUGGUGAAACAUUCCUUGCCAAAAUUGGUUGAGUUACAUAAUUAUGCUCCAGCUAACUCCACAACCCAUAAAAUACAAAACUGGUCUUUAUUAAACAGAAAAGUUUUUUCCAAGUUACAUUUCCAGUUGUCAGAUGAUGUGAUUAAAAGUGUAGCUUUAUGUAAAGUUGGAGUGAUAGAAAAAGUUUUAUUAAUGUUACGUGUAAAAACAUCUAAAGCACAAUUUGAGUUAAAUCAUAGAGUGAAGGCAGAGCAGACUAUCACCCCUCCUCGUGCUAUUAGUGAUAAACCUGAGGCAGAUCAAAAUAUUUCUUCAGGACAAAUUUUAUUAGAAGAAAAAGAACAGGAAAAUUUAGCCAAGGAGGAAACAAUACAGAUAUUACAAGCUAAAAUAAAAAGAUUAGAACAUUUGGUCCAUUUAAAGGAUGUAAGAAUAGAUGAUCUACAGAAUCGUAUUGAACAGCUUCGUCCAACUGGUCAUCAGAGACGGUGA